AUCGCCUUCAAUUCAUUCUAUAUGAAACAUGUAAGGCUCUGCAUCGAUUCAACCUGGGAUCAAUCGAUUGUCGACUGUUUCCGGAACAGCAGUCGACGUUAUAGAAACGUGUUCAUUUACCUUUGGACGAACUCUCUUAGCGAGAUGAACUUUGACAUGAUCGUCGAAAUUUUGGACCUGUUUGGUGGUGCUUUGAAGAGAUUCCAUAGUUUAACAAGACUUACCGAGGAGCAACUGUGGAAUGUGAUGAUUCGUGUACCGGACAUUCGGGAGUUGAUCGUCACCGUGGAUGCAUCGUUCCUAAAGUACGACCGGAGCGUACCGGUGUUGAAGUGUUUGCAAGACUCAUCGAACAACGUGCCGCUGGAGUUGUUUCAACCGGAUACAAAGUCCAGCACUUCACAGUACGCUAUUAAAUUGGUUGAGGUUCCGAGAACCUGUGGAAUGCCAUCUGAUGAGUGCCAUUUUUCGGUUGAAAAUCUGCGGUUUCCGAUGCUUGAAGCACUGAAACUAACCACAUGGGGAAAUUGUGCCAAAAACGACAAAGCACUGCGGCUAUUUUUCAACGGUGUCCAGUACUUGAAGGACGUCAGGCUGGAUUUCUACGUCAACGAUCUGUUCCUGGAUGUUUUAACCCAAACGUGUUCGGGGAUCGAGAGUUUGGAAUUAAAACUAAGAAACCCGAAUUCGGAUACCUUCCAGCAACUGGAGCGGCUGAAGAAACUAAAGAAUCUGAGCAUUUUUGCCUAUAGCUAUCGUCAAAUGCCAUUACAAGGAAAGCCGUUGCUAAGCGUGAAAAAGUUUAGCUUCAACCUGAUCAUGGAGGACAACGAAGCUAAAAUCUUCCAAGGGUUCCAACAGCUGCUGCCGAACGUGGACGACAUUAGCAUCAGAUUGGAAAGGAAUGGCAAUCUUAUCAACGCCUGUCAGUACUUUCCAGAGCUGAGACGACUGACCAUUGCCGAUGACCUCACUAGAGGCCAUAUGAAAAGUGCCAACUUUUUCAAAAACUUUGGCAACCUGGGUCAGUUGGAGGAGCUCACACUGAAGUCCAUUUAUGUGCAGUCGGAAUGCAUGCCGCCGAUCAGGUACCUGAAGCGGUUGAAGCUGCAGCUUUUCGUGUGGCUUACCGAUAACGACAUGGCAACGUUGGCGAAGCUGUAUCCUCAGUUAAAAUAUCUGGAGCUGUUUUGGUGUGCGAAAGUGUCGUCUGGAGCCAUUGAAGAGUUUUGUUUGCGAUUACCGGACUGCGUGGUUGAAUGCGUUCAGUAUGGUUGAAUACGUUUGACUGAUACUCUUCACAAUUGUAUUUAUUUUGUAUAUAUUUUCUAUAAAAAAUGCUGUAUAUAUUUUGUAAAUUGCGUAACCAUGUAAUUUUUAUUCCAUUUGUAAUUUCAAAGUAACUGCCUAUUUUGUAGAUGUUUGAACAUUUUUUCCUUCUUCAACAGAUAUAUUAUAUUUUUAAAAUACUUUCAAGGUAAUAUUAAAUAUACUUAUAAUAAAAUACUCAUGCGUACAUUUAAUCACAUAAUUUAUUUUAAGUCCUGAAAAAUUUCCACCCUGGGCGAUUGCCCGCGAUCGCCUUGGCCUGCGCCGAUAUCAAAUUUCUGCCGACUUCCUUUAUUUACUUAUUAAGGCUGCGCCGCCAUGAGCCUCUGGGUCUGCCUCUGCUGCGAUGUCCUGCUCACCUCCACUUCUGAUCCCGAAUUUCUGUCGCUAUCGGCUUUUGAUGACAUCGACGUUGGAGAUCCAAUUACUAAUUAUAUGCCGCAGGAAUUAAUUGAUGAAGACCUUGUUACUAGGAACUUGUUCUAGGAAAACUAAUCCUAAUCGGGCAUCCCGUUUGGGGUUUCGACACUUGAGCUCAAUAACUUGAAGUCCGUGACAGGGAAAUGUUUUUAUCUCUAGUACUUGACCUCUGCCCGAAAUGGCCUGAAAGUUGGCAAUCAAUAUUGGAUUGCAUUUCAUGGGCCUCUAUCUUUCCAGAACCCUAUAAAUGUGUAUUAAAACUCGGGGAAUAUUUACUAGUUAAAAUAA